GAGAGAAAUACAAGAACAGCAUCCAUAGGGUUUCCAACGUGGAACAGCAGGUCCGAUUAGCAAAGCCAAAGAGGAAGGACGGGGGAGAAAAGAGCAACUCAACGCUAUCAAAAGUUUCAAGGUUUCAGCAAAAUCCAUUUUUUUUUCCGGAUUUGAGUUGGAAGAUCGAAGAGUUAUUAUUCAUGAAGGUUAUUACAAAUAAUUAGGACGGAGACAGAAAUAUUUGUUUCACAAAGUGAGUGCAGAAGCAAGGUACCCUUAACCUUGUGUUGUUUUGGAGUCCUAUCUUUGGACCAGAUAUGGUUAUCCCACCUCCAGUGAGGCCUCCAAGGAUUACAAAAUUUCUCAAACCUUAUGUUCUGAAGAUGCAUUUUACCAAUAAGUACGUGAGUGCGCAGGUGAUUCACACCCCAACAGCUACUGUAGCCUCUUCAGCAAGUUCACAGGAGAAAGCCUUGAGAUCAAGCUUGGAAACUAGUCGUGAUGUGGCUGCAGCUGCAAAGAUUGGGAAGAUACUAGCAGAACGCCUUUUGCUUAAGGACAUUCCUGCCGUUUCUGUUCACUUGAAGAGAGAACAGAAGUAUCAUGGUAAGGUUAAAGCGGUUAUUGAUUCUCUCAGGGAAGCUGGUGUUAAGCUGCUUUGAGUCAUGAUGAUUGUUGGUAUUUAUUUGUACCUCAGAGAAAUCAUCCUUGUCAGAUCUUGUCUUCGUCUUUAUUUUUUAAGUUGUCAUCAUAAUAGGAAGUUACUCAUUGAACAUAUUUCACUAAGACAUUAGUUAAUUUACGUUACUAGAAAUAAGAUGAUUGUUGAUGGAUGCUUA